AUGCGCUUCUGUCUCUCCGUCGUCCUCGCCCUCACCGCCGUUUCGGCCGCCCCCGCCGCUCCUCCCAAGAACGAGCGUGGUCUUCUCGACGGCCUCCUGGGCAGCAGCUGCGACUCCGAGAAGAAGUCCGACUCUGACAAGCGCGGCCUUCUCGACGGCCUCUUGGGUUCCGGCUCUGGCUCCGACGCCAGCGUUCCUUCUGGUAUUCCUUCUGGCGCUCCCUCUGCCGCCUCUGGCCUCCCCACUGGCGCUGGCUCCGCCCCCGCUGGUGCUCCCUACGGCGCCGGUGCCGCCUCUGCCGCUUCUCCCGGCGGUGCCUCAGCCAUCCCCGCCGACUGCAAUCUCGCGCAGAACUCCACCUCCGGCAACACCACUCUGGCCGCUUGCGCCUCCAACUCGUCUGCUCCGUCCACUUCCGAGUCGCACCUCUACGGCGGCCAGGGCGGUGGUGGUGGUGGCGGCUCUGGUGGUGACGCGGCCGGUUCCGGUGGCCAGGGCGGCGCUGGCGGUCCCCCUGGUGCCUAUGGCAGCUCGGGCAUGAGCGGUCAAGGCUCUGAUGGCUCUGGCGGCUCCGGCGGCGCUGGCGGCCAGCCCUCCGACGACCCCGACGAGGAGGAGUGCGACGACGACUGCGAGGAGGAUGAGGAGGAGGAUGACGAGGGCGAUGGCGAGGAGGAGGACGACGACUCUGGCGACGAGUCUGGUGACGACUCCGGUUCUGAGUCCGGCGACGACUCUGGCGAAGAGUCGGGCGAGGAGUCAGGCGAGGAGUCCGGUGACGAGUCCGAGGGCGGCAGCAAGGUCGUCUCUGUCUCUCUUUACACAACCUGGCGUUAG